AUUUUGGGUAGGGAGGCUAGACGGUUAGCUGAGAUGUAGGCACAGACACUGUAAAUAGCUGCUGUUAAGGGAGAUGAAUCAAACUCCUGCAGUGCUCUAACCAGUUGUUUCUGAAACAAACUACUGCACUCAUGUUGGUGCUAAUGAGGUUGUUACCUCUGCUGGAAACAGGAUGCUACAUUAGCUGGACCUUUGAUAUGAUACAUGCAGCGUGCUCUUAUCUUAAUCAACAUAAUUUAUGUUACUUAGAAUUUUAGUUUACUGUUAAUUAAUUGUAGUGAGAUUCACCUGUUAGAUAAUAUUUAAUAUAAUAAUUAGUGUUAUCCCUCAAUAGCUUUGAAUCUUAAGGGCAAAAGACAAUGGUAGUUCAAAAUGAAGUGCUGGUCCGAAUACGUGCCUCAAACUGUACACUAGAUUUUGGACAGAAUACUAUAAUUCCUGGAGACCUCAAUGCCAGAUGGUUCAUAUAAGCUGGUGUAUAUUCACACAAGGUUACCUGCUAAAGAUACCUACUCAGUUGUCAUACUCUGCAAAACUGUUGUUCUAAUAAACAUACAUAUGUUUGUCUAAAAUGCUAAAUUUGUACAUCCAUAAUAAAAACAUAUGGUUGCUUUCGUCAUGCCAGGUAUUUCUGAUGAAAUACCGCUUUCCCAUAUCCUUACUUAAGCGGUCCAUACAAGACCAGGAACUUACAACCUCUUUCUUCAAGCCAGGAAUGUUUUUUCCUUCAAUUGUCCAUAUAAACAUUUGUCACUGAACACAAAAUUCUAACAGCUACACAGUUAGGUAUUUGGACUUCUUUAGUUAUUUAAAUUGUUAGGCUCGACACAUCCUUUCUUUAAAUGUAUGUCCUUGUCUGUGUUCACUUGUUGUCAAAUCUCCAGUUUUAUGUAUUUUCUGAUUAUGCUCAAGUUAUGUCCAUAACUGCUCCCAGCCCCAUGCUGGGGGCUACUGCCAGCCUACUUCCAUACGCGCAGUGGGGCUGUGACCUCACAGAAUGAUCCCCUCCUGCCGGACUAUGAUCUCACGGCUCUGCCCAUGUAAGCCAGCGGCCAGCACUUGGUCUCUCCCAGUGCGGUCGUGACCAGCUUUGAGCGAUGGUUCUCGACAGCUUUCUCCUUGUCCCCAGCCUCCUGCUCCUGGUGGCUGGGCUGUCUUUGCUCACCACUUCCUGGCGCCGACAGGGUUCUGACCGGCGCCGGCAAUGGUGGAGAUGGUGGCAGCAAGUAGCGGCAUCGAAGUCACGUGAGUCCCCUGAGGGUCAGCCUGGCACAUUCCCAGGCAGGGCCAGUCCUCUGGGAGAAGCCAGGCUUCGUACCAGCCUCUGUCACGAAGCAGCCAGGCCAGGUGGGCCUGGAAGAUCCCCGGUGCCCCCUAGCCUACUGUGGCUCAGGCCCGCUCCCUGUUUUACAGGUGCUGAGAGGCAGGCAGGCAGGCUCGGGAGCCCCCUGUGCAGGCCACGUUGCUCCCAGCAGCAAGCAUCACCAUGGCACGGCAGUCCCAUCCCGCCCCGUCUCAUCCGGCCAGGAAAGACCCGGCCUUUGCUGCAGCACAGCCUAUGCCCCUCUCUUCACAUGGACUCUGCCACUGGUUCCACGAGCUCUGCAGGGAAACCCGGCAGGCUUCCCAGACAGGACCAGCGCCCGCAGGUUCUGCUGGCACGUGGGACCCCCAGGACGCUCAGUCAGCGUUCAAGGCUAGGCAGUGGAGUUGCAGACCUGCCACCUGAGAUCAUCAACUGCACAAAGCCACCAGUGAAAGGGAUGAUCUUUCAGGAGGGGCUCGUUCAAACAGAGGAGAGAAGACGCUGGUGGCAAUACAAGACCAAGAGGCCUAUUUGGCCCAUGCGCCCCCCAGCACUUCCCAAAGGGCACGAGAAAGCAGGAGCAGCAGCAAGACCAUCACGUGGACCAGCUUUGAGCCUCGAGAGAAAAGCAGACAGCAGCACUGAAACCUGCCAGCCCUUCAACUCUGGCUUCAGUGACAAGAGAAGCACAGGGCAAUCGGACAGGCUCGCUACAGAAAGGCUGUACCGGCAGCUCCUGGUGUCCCUGAAGCGGCCCAACUUUGGUGAUUGUUUGAUUCUAUGAUUCUAUAGAUAUGGUAUUAAAUGGUUUAUAAAGAAAUAUGUCCGCUUUUACUGUAAGGCUACAGGACAGCAGAGAAAACUGCACUGAGUGUCAAAUAAUAAUGAAACACCUUGACACCUGGAUCACUUUAUGGUACUACUAUAUCUUCAGUUUGACAUAAAAGAAAACAAUAAUACUGAUACUGAGCAGUAUGGAAGUAUCUCAUACUUCUGACAUUUUGACAUAUGGAAGUUUAAGGUGAUAUACAGAUACUUGGCACCAGACUGCCUGAUUUCCACGGGCUCAGCUGAGGCCAUGGGGAAGUGGGACUGAAUGUCCCCUGGAAAGUGUGUGCAGCACUACAGGGAGAAAGGACGGCUUCCACUUGCAUAGCACAAAGUUCUGCAGCACGAGAGUUGUGCAUGGACUGUGGAACUGUAUGGUGACUGCAUGAACACACAGCUUAAUCCAUGAAGAACAAUCAAAUGAUUGCUUUGAGCUUUUAAAAACCAUUAGAUAAAGAAUGCAGCUGGGGGACAGGAUGCAGCUGUGGUUGUUUGAGGAUCUUCUUUGAAAUUUCAUGGAUGUCCUUUAAUGUAGCUU